AUGCCCGGACUAGAUCCUGACCUAGUCUCCCAUUAUCUUGAUGUGUUCCUAAACUCCAAGCCAAUUAAGCAAGCUGCUCGAAAAUAUCAUCUAGAUCUCGAACAGAAGAUUAAGGAGGAGAUUGAAAAACUUCAACAGGCUGGGGCAUUAUUGGUCCAAGAUGUAGAUGGAGCAAAACGCCCAGUGUAUUACAUCACCCGGAAGAUUCGAGGAGCAGAAGUCCGAUAUACUUCGAUAGAGAGACAUUGCUUAGCUCUGGUAUUCACCGCCCAAAAGCUCAGACAUUACUUCUUAGCACAUCAGAUUCAGAUUGUUACUAAAAGUGAUCCAAUUCGAUACCUCCUCAGCAAGCCUGCUCUAACCGGGAAGGUGGCAAGAUGGUUGUUAGCACUGGGUGAAUUCGAGAUCACAUGUGUAGCCCCCAAGGCGAUCAAAAGCCAAGCCUUAGCUGACCUCCUUGCUCAAUUUCCAAGUGGUGACUAUGAACCAGUGAAUGAAGAAGUAAGAGGAGAGGUGCAUGCAACUAUGGCUUCCGAGGAAAGCUUUUGGACAUUGAGCUUUGACAGAGCAGCAGCGGGAGGUAAAGGAGGAACCGGGAUAGUCCUUACAAGCAAAAGUGGGGAAAAGUUAUAUUUGUCUUAUAAACUGGAUUUCCAUUGUUCGAAUAAUGAAACCGAGUAUGAGGCUCUUAUGUUAGGCUUGAUAACAGCUGAGAAGCACAGUAUCAAGAAGAUUCGGAUUCGGGGGGACUCAAAGUUGAUAGUGAUGCAAAUUUCAGGACAGUUCAUCUUAAAGGAGCCUGCCUUGGCCACAUAUCGAACAACAGUCCAAAGGCUUCUUGAAAAAUUUCAGAAGGUCGAAAUAGAGCAUGUGCCUCGUUCCGACAACAAGUUUUCAGAUGCCCUCGCUACAUUAGGGGCAAGAGUUGAUAUCCCAGAGGAGGAGGACUGGAGAGGAGAAGUCCUCGAACAACUCAGAAGCAAAGUUGGAAAAUUGACUAUGGCCAAGCUUGCCCAAUUCAUAAUUAUUCAAGGUGAACUUUACUUCCGAGGAGGUACCGGAUUCCUAGCCCGGUGUGUUGGCCAACAAGAAGCAAGUUUCCGACUACAACAGAUCCAUGAAAAGUCUUGCGGGGCUAGGGAUAUCAGUCUGUACAGAAAGAUCCAAAGACAUGGCUAUGAUGGUGCAUGUUGGCCACAACCCGAGCAGCUGGUGAAAGCUUUCCAAAUGAUCUUGCAACUCUAG